AUGUCAAUGGCCUUGGCCACCUCAGCCCCGACAGUCGAGGUGAGAGCCACCGACGGGAGGGACGAGGGUGAGCGACAGCCACCAGCGGGGGACUCCCAAGCGCUUGGCGCGGGCCUGUGCCUCUGCAGCUGCCUAUGGAGGCUAUCCUCGCACUUGCUCCGGCGGGCUCCGACGCCACCGCGGAAAGUGCUGCCUGGGCGCGCCGGGAGCAGACUGUCUUCGCUCGGGCGCCCCGACUUGUUUCCGGGGGUAUGGGCCACCCGCGGCCUGCUCACCGAAGCCGCCCACCUCAAGCCGGGUGGGGAGCCGCUACGCAAUUCGUCGGGUGUCUCCCGCAGACCGGCAGCUCGGGCCACGCGGCCCCUCGAAGACUCCGAACCCCGCGUCAAAGGCCGCUCGGCUCGCGGCGCUCCUCGUCCGCCUUCGCCUCCAGCCAGCAAGCCCGAGGCCAGGCGCGGGGUCCAAGUGAGCACUCGCGUGUCGCAGGCAGGGCCGCUGCAGACGAGAGCGCUCGAAGCAAGCACCCCGGCGCGCCGAGACCGGAAAGCGCUGCGCAUGCGCCCUGCCGGCCGGCGCAGGGCCGUGGUCCGGAGGGGACGCUUUUCGAAACGGACCUUCCGGCGCGAAGCCAGAAUGGCGGCGGAGAGCUCCUGUGAGCUGCCGGUGGUGCCGGCGGCCGGGCCUGGGUUGGGCGGGCAGCCCACAGCGGUUUGUCGUCGCUGCAGCAGCUCCAGCUCCUCGUCGUCGUCUUCGUGGUGCGGUAGCUCGGCCCUGGCUCGCCCGGCCCUGGGCGGAAUCCCCGGAAAAUGGGUCCGACUGAACGUGGGCGGUACCUGCUUCCUCACCACCCGGCAGACGCUUUGCAGGGACCCCAAAAGUUUCCUCUUCCGCCUCUGUCAGGCCGACCCGGACCUCGACUCCGAUAAGGAUGAAACAGGUGCCUACUUAAUAGACAGAGAUCCAACCUACUUUGGACCAGUGUUGAACUAUCUCCGACAUGGGAAACUGGUUAUCAAUAAAGACCUUGCAGAAGAAGGUGUGCUUGAAGAAGCUGAAUUCUACAACAUCACAUCCUUAAUAAAGCUUGUGAAAGACAAAAUAAGGGAAAGAGAUAGCAAAAUCUCACAGGUGCCUGUCAAGCAUGUUUACAGAGUGCUGCAGUGCCAGGAAGAGGAGCUGACCCAGAUGGUUUCCACCAUGUCUGAUGGCUGGAAAUUUGAGCAGCUAGUUAGCAUUGGAUCUUCCUACAACUAUGGGAAUGAAGACCAGGCUGAGUUUCUGUGCGUUGUCUCCAAGGAGCUGCACAACACCUCUUAUGGAACAGCUAGUGAACCCAGUGAGAAGGCAAAGAUCUUGCAGGAACGAGGUUCAAGGAUGUAACUGUGCUGCAGUAUUUAAAGUGGAAGAACUUUAUCUUGAAUUGCCGCACAAAGAGGUUUGGCACUAAGAAGUUUGGAGAAUUCAUUGAUCCAGAUUUGAACCCUUAAGGUGGUGCAGCUGGAGCAAGUUGCUUGUGAAUAACUGCCUUGGCCUACUGUGAGAGGGGUUGUGCCGCUCUUAGUCCCAUGGAAGGAAUGGACUUGACUGUAUGCUUCCUUACUGAAGGUGCGGCACUCUGCCCAGUGCUACCUAUAUGAAGCUUAGCUUACCGUUGGAAGCAGUUUGGGUUUUAUUCAUUGCAGACAGUUCCAGGACAACAUAUUUGGUGCUAUGUAUAAAUGGCAGCCCAUGCAUGGGCCUUACACCAUCAGGCAGCCCCAGUGGACUGCUGCCUUGCUAUAGGAAAUGAGAGGCGCUGGCCCAGGCUCGAGAAAGGAUGUCCGUCUCUUCCCUCUCUCGCCUUUGCUUUCUUCAAUACCCAAAGGUAUCUCUACUCUGGAAGACGUUCCCCUCCCCUCUAGGGGUGGCUUUCCUCUCCAGAUAAAUGGCUAUUGCAAAUGUUAAUGUUCAGUUUUAGCUACAUUUUAGGGUUAAAGACCCUGUUUUUAAAAAUGGCAUAGGAUCUUGCCUUCCAAAUAAAUGGGCACAUAUCCAAAAUUGCAUUGUUUUUAGAAAUAUCUCCAAGCAUUUAAGCCUCAUGAACUGUGAGAAAGCUAAAGGUAGGCCUGGAGUUUUAAGUCUUCAUGGGUGCUCAGUCCUGAUGAUUAGGGAAUGAGGGCAUAUGUGCCCUAACGCAUAAGAGCUUGUGCAGCUGAAAGUAGGAAUUCUUGUGACUUUUUAACUGAUGUUUACAGUCAUUUCUAUGUUCUUUUAUCUAUGCAGUUCUUCUAAUGUUUUGGCAAGUACUGUCAAAAGCACUUGUGGUUUCAAUAAGAAAGGCUUGUGGUAAAUGUGAAGAAACACAACUGGAGCUUUUUAGUGCACUGUGUUUAAAUGAAACCAUGAGCAUGUUUUUUGAAAUGGGUUUAAAGAAUUCCAGAUCUCUCUGCUUCAUAGAGAGGAGCCCAUGCUUGAGGCUUUCUAGCACUCUACCCAUAUUUUAAACUGUUUGAUUAAACAACUGACAAAUGUUC